GUUGUUCUCCGACGUCCUAUCCCAGCCUGUGCAGCCUCGGGGCUGGAACGAGGAGGCGGCGGCGGGAGGCCGUGUGCGCGAGGCUCCUGCGAGAGCGCUCAGCCCAGCUGCUGGCAGCAAGGCAUGCGCAUUGCAGGGCGCCCUCUCACCCCUCUCAGCUAUGCCAAAUAUGUGGUGAGCAGCAGCGAAAGAGGAGAGAGAGCGGGACGCGCGCGAGCGAGAGAGGGGACCAUGGGGCGCUCCUGCCAGCCGGGCUCCGGGCUGCUGCGCUCGCCGUCUCCCUCAGGGGGACCCUUGCGCGCAGCGGCGGCGGCGGCGGCGCCCAGCAACUAGCCCCCAGGCGGAGAGAGGCGACGACCAGCGCCAGGCAUGGCUGACCCUCUGCGCAGGACCCUCUCCAAGCUGCGGGGCAGGCGGGCGCAGCGAGGGGCGGCGGGGGAAGCCGCCGGGCACCCCAGCGGAGGCGGCGCCCUUCGAAGCCGAGCCCAGCAGAAUCUGGCGCGCCCGGGAAACGGAGCGCCGUGCGGGGUCUUCGCGCCCCACCUGGAGGAGCCCACGCUGAGGGAGCCGGAGUCUUGGUCCCGGCGGGGGAAGGCUGCAGCGGCGCCUGAGGAAGAAUCCACCGGAGCCCGCCUUUGCCCGCCGAAGAACCGCGUGGAAGGGACGCGGCAGCUGCCUCCGCCGAGCCCGCCGGGGCUCCGUGCUCCCCCGCCGGCGGCCGAGCUCUGCUUCUCGUCGUCGUCGUCGUUUUUCCCCCGGGGGGAGGACUCGGGCUCUGCACUGGAGCGGGGCGGCGGGAGCGAGGAAGAGGACUAUUACGACAACCACAGCCUGCCCGGCUGGAGCUGCCCCAGAUUGGCGUGCCGGGCGCAGGGGAACGCCGACGGCAGCGUGGCCCUUGGCAGUGGCAGUGGCGGCGGCCACUCCAAGGCACAACAAGAGAGCGCGGGCCGGCUUCGCAGCCAGCUGCAGGAGGCUUAUUACCUGCUGAUCCACGCCAUGCACGACCUGCCCCCGGCGAGCCCCGUCGUCGGGGCUCGCUCCCCGCAGCCCCUGGCCCACCCGCCGCCCUCCUCCUUCUCCUCGGCUGGGAGGAGCCACGAUGCCUCAAGCUGGUCUUUCCCCUGCGGGGACGGGUCCCCGCCGUCGCCAGCGCCCGAUUCCGGCUCCCAAGGCUCCGGCAGGCGCCGGGGCAUCAGCAAGAGCUGGGAAAGCCUCCCCGCUGCCCAGCCGCCCGCCAGACCGCCGCCCUUGCGGAGGUGCAGCAGCGACGGCGCGCUCGGCCCCUCGCCCCGGGGCCACCUGCUGCAGCGGCUGGGCGCCAGGCGGGGACUAGGCUGCGGCGCCCUCGCAGCUGCCGCCGGCUGCUCUGGCCACCGCAGCAGCUGUGAGCAAAGCCCCGGCAGCCGGAGCGCUUGCGAGGGACAUCCGUCGGCGCUGCCGCGGGACGACUUGGGCCGCUUGCUGGGCUCGGAGCUGUGCGCCGCCCUGGGCGAGGCGGGGGCGCUGAAGGGCGCCGCGGACCCGGCGGCGGAGGGGGGCGGCGGCAGAAGCCACGUGCGCCCUCCGGCAGGCACCCACGGCGGCCCCUUCAAGCCUCCCGCCGUGACGGUCCGGAAGCUGCAGAAAUGGAUGUACAAAGGACGCCUCCUCUCCCUGGGCAUGAAAGGCCGCAGCCAGCCAGCGGGGGCUUCGUCGUCUUCGUCUCCCGCAAAAACAUCCAGGACCUGCGGGCCACCUCUGGGCAGAGAAGAGGGGCCGGCAACGCCGCCUCCUGCCCCCUUGAGGGGUCAAGGUGGAAAGGGCCUAGGAUCCCCUUCAGACCAAAGAAUCUUGCUGACAGAUUUGAUUGAAACGGUGUACAUACCGUCGGUGAGCAGAAGAGAACUUAAGAACUUCAAAUCCACCGAAGUUGUUGAGUGCAGGCCUCGGAUUGCCAGCAUCACCGUGUCCAAGAAACGUAACUGGCUACAUCAAAGUUCUCCAAGGGUGCCCAGUUUGGAAAAAGGAAACUCGUAUAAGAAAAUUUCAAGAGAAACGCACCAGAGACAGAAAUCGCCCAGCCCAUUGCUUGAGCCGAAGAUGCCUCACCUUUUCCCCAAACUUCUAGGGCAUGAAAGCCCUAAAAGAAGAAUUGGUUGCGUACGAACUGUUGAGAACGGGGCAAGCUCUUUGGCACGGCGAAACUGUACUUUAGAUUUUGGGGAUGAUAACGAUGCAGAUGAUGAAGGAGAAAUAUGGUACAACCCUAUCCCUGAAGACGAUGAGCCCAAUUUCCCUGGUUGUAAUGCUGACCAUUUGGACCCUCAAGCCAUUAAUUGCAAGGUGCCUUCUGGGAAUGACUUGGUUAAAGUCAUAAGGCCUAAUGAAGGCCUCGCACACGUCCUAGACUGUGUCGGAAACACUCUGCCCAGGGAAAUUAAUGAAGUAGAUGGUGUACAUUCCAUGGAACAUUUGCAAGUACACAAGCAAAAGCCUACGUGCAGUAUUCAGACUGGAUUUGCAGUGGAAGAUAGCCCUACAUUAAAAGGUACUUUGGGAGGUCCUGGGAUCUUGUCUGCAAGCAAGUCCGAGAUGGGAGUGACAGAAGGUUCUCCUCCGAGUCCUAACCCUUUGAAGAAAGGUGGUUCGAUAAACUGGUCCUUCCCUGACAAAAUAAAAUCCCCGAGAACAGUGAGGAAACUUUCCAUGAAAAUGAAAAAAUUGCCAGAGCUGAGCAGGAAGCUGAGUGUCAAGGGAAAUUCAAGCCAUAGUAGCACGGACAAUUCUUCGUUGCUUAAGAAUAACUGCCAGGUCAUAGGUCACGGGUCACUACCUUCUUCCGGGAACAUCACGGCGGCAGCCAGCAGGAACGUCAUAAGCCGGUACCAUCUUGACAGCAGCGUGUCCUCUCAGCACAACUACAAAAAGAAAAGCAGUGGCAAUUCGAAAUCCUCCAGCAAAGGGGGCUACCUCAGCGACGGAGACUCUCCUGAGCUUAUAACAAAAUCAGGGAAGCACAGCCUCGAAAGCCGGGCUGGGAAAGGAGGAAAGGAAGCAUUCCCAAGCAGCAACGGUAGUAAGGCGGAAAUAGACAUUGACGCUUUCAGGCACUACAGUUUCUCCGACCAACCUAAAUGUUCCCAGUACAUAUCUGGACUCAUGAGCAUCCAUUUCUAUGGCGCGGAGGACCUGAAACCGCCAAGGAUGGACUCCAGAGACGUCUUCUGCGCCAUUCAGGUAGAUUCGGUAAACAAAGCGAGGACUGCCUUGCUGACCUGCAGGACGACCUUUUUGGACAUGGAUCACACUUUCAACAUAGAAAUAGAGAACGCCCAGCAUUUGAAAUUGGUGGUCUUCAGCUGGGAGCCCACACCGAGGAAAAACCGGGUCUGCUGCCAUGGGACGGUGGUCCUCCCUGCUCUUUUCCGGGUGACGAAGACUCAUCAGUUGGCAGUAAAGCUGGAGCCCCGAGGUAUUAUUUAUGUCAAGCUGACCCUCCUGGAGCAGUGGGAGAAUUCUCUCAAUGGACUAGAUGGAGAAAGAGAACCGGUAAUGUUUGGAGUAGAUGCUCGGAAGGUUGUGGAGAAGGAAAACGUGGGCUUGAUGGUGCCCCUGUUGAUGAAGAAGUGCAUUAUAGAGAUUGAAAAAAGAGGCUGCCAGGUUGUAGGCCUGUACCGUUUAUGUGGCUCAGCAGCCGUCAAGAAAGAGCUUCGUGAGGCAUUUGAGAAGGAUAGCAAAGCAGUUACCCUCUGUGAAACCCAGUACCCAGAUAUAAAUGUGAUAACAGGUGUUCUCAAGGACUAUUUAAGAGAGCUGCCUUCCCCCUUGAUAACCAAACAACUCUACGAAGCUGUGUUAGAUGCCAUGGUGAAAAAGCCCUUGAAAAUGACAGCGAAUGGAUGUGAUAAUAACCCUGGUGAUUCUGAGCAUACUGUGGCUCUCUUGGAUUGCCUUCCUGAAGUGGAGAAGGCUACUCUAAGGAUGCUGUUGGACCAUCUGAAAUUGGUGGCUUCGUACCAUGAAGUAAACAGAAUGACAUGCCAGAACUUAGCUGUGUGUUUUGGGCCUGUGUUACUGAGCCAGCGGCAGGAAACCACCAAUCACAACAACAGAGUUUUCACAGAUUCAGAAGAGCUUGCCAGUGCCUUGGAUUUCAAAAAACACAUAGAGGUUUUGCAUUACCUCCUCCAGCUGUGGCCAGUGCAACAUUCAGCCAUCAAGGAAUCUGCAUUGUCUGAGCAGCAGUCGUCUGUGAAUUACUUGAGACCUAAGAAGCAGCGGCCUCAGAUGUUGAACUUGAGCAGUACCGAGAUGUCAGGCAUCCUCAGGUCCAGGCCAGCCAGACUGGAUAGCCCUUCAAGCAACCGCUAUGCUGGAGACUGGAGUGGCUGUGGGGAGAGCUACUUCGUCAGCCCCAAGGAGGCCCUGAACGAAGCAGACUAUGAUGAUGUUCCUUCGGAAGAUGCCGAAAGUGGCGAUGACAGCGGCAGAGUGGAUGGCUCGGAGAAGCUUGCCGAACGGCCCCAUUGCAUGUCCAAAGAACACACUUUCCAGGCCUAUUUGACGGUGCAAGCCAUGGAUUCUGCAGGGAACCACAGAGUAAACCUCAAAGAUCUGCAGGAAAGCAUUGAUACUCUGAUAGGAAACCUGGAACGGGAACUCAAUAAAAACAAGCUCAACAUCAGUUACUGAUAAGUAAUUUCCCUCUGCAAUACCUCCUCUCUCUUUUUUUGCUGUCUCUUCCCCCCCCAACCCCCUGUUUCUUCCCCAAAAGAGAGACGGGUGCAGUGCUGUUAUUCCCAUUGCAUCGUGCAGUGAUUUUGAUCCACCGUGGGCUUAGUGCAUUCGUAUUACACAAUCUGUUUAUUGCUUUGUUGUAAUUUUCCUCCCCCUUCCUUCUUCUCCGUUGAGGAUGGUUUCGGGUUGACCCUUCUGGGUUUAAAAUGGUACGUUACUUUUCGUGAGAUGAUUGCAGAAUUUCCGUUUCCCUUUCAAGGUACUAUGCACUUAGGAAGUUUGGACAAUUUAUGCAAGGUACGCAAGGCACCAUCUCGGUCUACGUUACAGCAGGAACAGCACUCAUUUGUUCCUGAAACUUUAGCCCUGGUACACAUGCUUUCCCAGAAAGGGAGGAUUAACAUUGCUGCUUACCUGAUAAUUUGCAGCGCAAACUGUAGGUAGAUCAUUUUUUUUCUACCAUAUUUUGACACCUUAUUCACUUGCAAUGCAAAGGCUGCUAUGAAAAGAAAAAGCUUUUUAUAUAUACCUAUAUAGCUAUAUAUGAAAACGUUUAAAUGUACAAAUAUUAAUGUAUUCCUGCAUUAACACUUUCCAGCAAUUAUUUAAAAGUGAAAAGAAAUUAAAUAUUUUUCUAACUUU